CUUAAGAAUACUAACUCAUCAGAAAACAAGGCCAAUAUAAUGGAUGAUCGCAUGAGCUAUUCUCAGGGUGUAGAACAAUCUAAUGAACAACACUUGUUAGAACAACCAAAAGUGCUAGUCCUUGAUCGUCCAGCAAUCUUCUCCUUCCAUGAAAAAAAGUUCGAGCAGAAAUUCCAUCUCCUUAAAGCAUGGGAAUCACCAUUGCCAAUGGAAGAAUUCCUGAAGAAUCAUGCACGUUCGGUGAAGGUCAUCCUUUCCGGCUUCAAAACCCGAAUCACUGCGGAUAUUCUGAAUCUAUUGCCUUGGGUAGAACUCAUCGCCUGUGAGAGCACUGGCAUUGAGAAUAUUGAUUUAGUGGAGUGUCGAAAAAGGGGAAUUACCGUCACCAACGCUGCCUCCGCGUUUGUGGAAGACGUUGCUGACAUGGCGAUCGGAUUACUGCUUGCUGUUUUGAUGAAAAUCCCCGCUGCUGAUCGGGAUGUCCGCUUUAAGCUUUGGCCUAAAAACAUGACCUUCCCCGUAGGUCAUUUCAAGUUGAGAGAGAAACAGGUUGGAAUUGUUGGAUUGGGCAAUAUUGGAUUACAAGUAGCUAAACGGCUAGAGGCGUUUGGUUGCUCCAUUUCUUACACAUCAAGGAAAGAAAAGCACAACUUAUCAUCCUACAAAUAUUAUCCUAAAACACAAGAGCUAGCAAUAAACUGCAAAAUUCUCAUAGUUUGUUGUGCCUUGACGGAUCAAACGCAUCACAUAAUCAACCGCAACGUUAUGGAAGCGUUGGGAAAAGAUGGGAUCGUCAUUAACGUUGGACGCGGGCCAUUGAUCGACGAGAAAGAGCUUGUGAAAUUUUUGGUGGAAGGGAAAAUUGGUGGUGCUGGUCUAGAUGUGUUUGAAAAAGAGCCUUAUGUUCCUAAGGAGUUAGUUGAAUUAGAUAAUGUUGUAUUAACUCCACAUAGAGCUGGAUUUACUGAACAAGCUUUUUUUGAUGAUUUCCAACUUCUUGUUGGGAAUAUUGAAUCUGUUUUCUCUACUACUAACCCCUUGAUGUCACCAGUCAUGGAGUUGGUAUGAGACCGUCCAUUUCAAUUUGUUCGUCAUAGGUACUAUUUUGACCGUCAAAGGAUAUAUUUUUAUUUUUUUUCACAAUUAGUUUUUCAAACACAUUC